AUGAACGGCGCCAGUGACCCAGAGAGGGAGCAGGCUCUCGAAGACUACAAGAAGAGCCUGUUGGAGCUGCGGGAAUGGGAGGCGAAGCUCAAGUCUCUCAGAUUGGGUAUCAAGGAUCUGCAGAGAGAAUUUGACAUUUCGGAAGAGAACAUCAAGGCCCUGCAAAGCGUCGGCCAGAUCAUCGGUGAAGUCCUGAAGCAGUUGGAUGAGGAAAGGUUCAUUGUGAAGGCAUCCUCCGGACCCCGAUAUGUCGUCGGUUGCCGCUCAAAGGUCGAUAAAUCGAAACUGAAGCAAGGCACGCGUGUCGCCCUCGAUAUGACAACGUUGACCAUCAUGCGGAUGCUCCCCCGGGAGGUCGACCCGUUGGUGUACAACAUGUCGUUGGAGGAUCCCGGUCAGGUUAACUUCGCCGGUAUCGGUGGUCUGAACGAGCAGAUCCGAGAGCUACGCGAAGUGAUUGAGCUGCCCCUGAAGAAUCCCGAACUCUUCCAACGAGUGGGUAUCAAGCCACCCAAGGGUGUCCUGCUGUAUGGACCUCCCGGUACGGGAAAGACGCUAUUGGCACGAGCAGUGGCCAGCUCCAUGGAGACCAACUUCUUGAAGGUGGUGUCGUCUGCCAUUGUCGAUAAGUACAUCGGUGAAUCCGCACGGUUAAUAAGAGAAAUGUUCGGCUACGCCAAGGAACACGAGCCUUGUAUUAUCUUCAUGGACGAAAUCGAUGCCAUCGGUGGUAGACGUUUCUCCGAGGGUACCUCCGCGGACCGCGAAAUCCAACGGACAUUGAUGGAGCUGCUGAACCAGCUGGAUGGAUUCGAUUAUCUGGGCAAAACCAAGAUCAUCAUGGCCACGAACCGACCGGACACUCUCGACCCGGCGCUGCUCCGAGCCGGUCGUCUGGACCGGAAGAUUGAGAUUCCUCUUCCCAAUGAGGUUGGACGGUUGGAGAUUCUCAAGAUCCACUCCAGCACGGUCCAGCUGGACGGUGAGAUCGAUUUUGAGAGUGUGGUGAAGAUGAGCGAUGGCCUCAACGGAGCCGAUCUUCGUAACGUGGUCACGGAAGCUGGCCUGUUUGCGAUUAAGGAUUACCGGGAUGCGAUCAACCAGGAUGAUUUCAACCGCGCGGUUCGGAAGGUGGCAGAGGCUAAGAAGCUGGAGGGCAAGUUGGAAUACCAGAAGCUGUAG